CGCGCCCGGCCCUCCUCACGCGCCGCGCGCCUAUAAAGGCCGGGGCGAACCCGCCGCCAACCACCUGCCCCCGAAAUCCCCAAUCGCGCAUCGCAGAGCGCCGCGUCCUCCAGCGCCCACGCCUCGCCUCGUCGUCUAGCCCAGUUCCAAAAGCAACCCGCACCUCGCCGGCCGCAGCCGAGCCCACUCGCUCUCUGAGGAGGUCCGCAAGGGCCCCUCACCACCGGCGAGCAAGAUGAUCUCCGCCGACGCGGCCCGCAACGUCGUCGGCAUCAUCGGCAAUGUCAUCUCCUUCGGCCUCUUCCUCUCCCCAGUGCCGACGUUCUAUCGGAUCUGCAAGGCCAAGGACGUGGAGGAGUUCAAGGCGGACCCCUACCUGGCGACGCUGCUCAACUGCAUGCUCUGGGUCUUCUACGGCAUCCCCGUCGUCCACCCCAACAGCAUCCUCGUCGUCACCAUCAACGGCAUCGGGCUCGUCAUCGAGGCCGCGUACCUCACCAUCUUCUUCAUCUACUGCGACAACAAGAAGCGCAAGAGGGCGCUCGCCGUCCUGGCCGUGGAGAUUGUGUUCAUGGUCAUCGUGGUGGUCUCGGUGCUCCUGGCCGCGCACACCCACGAGAAGCGCUCCAUGAUCGUCGGCAUCCUCUGCGUCAUCUUCGGCGCGAUGAUGUACGCCUCCCCGCUCACCGUCAUGGGGAACGUUAUCAAGACCAAGAGUGUUGAGUACAUGCCCUUCUCUCUGUCGCUGGUGAGUUUCCUCAACGGUGUCUGCUGGACGGCCUACGCCCUCAUCCGCUUCGACCUCUACGUCACGAUCCCCAACGCCCUCGGCACCUUCUUCGGAAUGGUCCAGCUGAUCCUCUACUUCUGCUACUACAAGACCACCCCCAAGAAGGAGAAGAACGUGGAGCUGCCCACCGUCGUCUCGGGCAACGUCCGCGGCGGCGCUGGCGGCAACGUCUCCGUCACCGUCGAGAGAUAGAUUAGAGGAAGCGGCAGGUAGCCGCCGGCGACCGUUGAGGAAGAACUCGACGAGACGUGCCUUAGUCCCUGUAGUAGUUUUGCCUCAGUGUUGAGUCGUGGUUUGCUCGCUCCUCGCCUCCUCCCGGAUGAUGGUUCAGUAGUGAGUGCUAGUUUUGCCCGGUGUGUCGUGCCAUGAACAGUUAAUGUAUCCAAUUCGCCGAUUGAGAUAAUGACAAUCACGUCUGAUUGCUGCCUCUAA